UUUCCCGGUAAGCCGCCCUCCACACGAUUCCCUUAACUUUUGCGUCUCGCAGUUUAAUUGACGCUCGAGACUCUCUGCCUGGAUACCCUCUUGUGACACUCUUCGUCGACAGAAGUGUAUAGCAGUGUCAGAUUGCCCUAGGCACCCGCAAGAUACACCUGCGUUGGUGCGUCUCUCACUUUACCCUUCGUCGUCUCUGACGUUUCUUGGUCCGCAUAUCUGACGCUGUUCAUCGCUGAAUCCUAGCCUGACCACUAUGGAUUUCCUGUCAACGCGUCUUUAAAACAGUGCACGGAAUGCCCCUUGGCAUCAUUGACUUUCGAUGUCGACUUUCCGCUGCCACGUACACAAGGCGGGGAGACUGUGGAGCAGCGACAGAGUUGAGAAAAGCGAUGGAGGAACGUACAAAGUACCCGGGAAGCACGUAUGUAGCACUGGCUGUUUUGCAGAAUCAGAAUGCAGCGUUGUGGUAGUUUCUGUAGUGCCCGUAGCUCCCAGUGAAAGGGAAUAACCGCUUUGCCAGGCAUGUGACGAAGUUUUGGCGAAAAAUACUAUUUUUCAACUAAAGCUCGUCUUUUUCUACCCGGCCUAUCCCCCUGGGCACGGGUUUCUUUUCUGUACACACCACUUCGGGAUGAAACGCGUGUUUCGAGUUUUGUGCUGAGACGUCUUCCCGCAGGAGUGUUGUCUGAAGCAGCUCCCUCUUUUCUGUUCCGUAUGCCAUCCUGUCUCGCAGACCGUCCACAUAAAUACAUUCUAUCUGGAUGCGUUCAGCUCUGCCCCCUUCACUUUUUUUUCGUUUUGCUUCCGGAGCCCCUUAUAAUCAUCAGUGUCUUGCGGCUAAUGGUGUUGUCCAGUUCGUUCACGCCAUCGAGAUUUCUGUUUGCCCGUUUCUCUCGUUCUUCCUACGUGUUGAUGUGCGCGAGGAGUGCCGAGGAAUCUCACGUAUAUGCAUGGUUGAGAAGACGUGAGAAACUCGGGGUGCGCUGACAGAAGACACACGGUGCCUGCGGUGUAAGGAGAACAAGUGUGAACUCGCUGUGGACGCGUAGAGGGUGAAGAUGCAGAGGAUAGAUGAAGAAAGAGAUCUGUCUCCCUCCAGUUUCCACUUUGUGACGGAUGACGAAGAGUCGUCUCCUUCAGAGCCUCCGGGGACAAGAGAUUCAACCAAGGGAAAAGGGAGCACGCCAGAGUCUGAGGUGCCUGGAUCCUGGCGCAAAUCAAUGCGUGUCAGUUUCCAGCUUGCUCGAGUGAUGGUAAAAGUUGGUAAAGAGUACACAGAGCCGCAGCUCUGCUGGAUUGCAGAGUCCAUGUAUAGCUACAAGGCGACCCGCGACAGCAAGACUUCCAUCGUCACUCGAGAGUACUUCGGGACCCUCCCCUUCGAUGUCGAGCUUCAGCCGCCCUCCGACGGCGGCAUCUACAAUGACGAAGAAAAAACCAUCGUCUUCGAGGAUGUGCAGAAGCAACAGCGCACGGUCAGAUGCAUCUUCCCACUACGAAUGUGGAAACACAAGGUUUUCCUUGCCGCAGAAAAACUCGACAGACUUCCCUACGAAACCAUCAGCGUGCACAGCCAGUUUCUGAAGAGAGAGAAGUAGGGAAGACGCAAGCAACUCGCGUCUGCUGCGGCCCAAAAUCGUAACACACAGCUUCCCCGGCUACGCGCUCCCCCCUGUCGAAGGCGUCGACCCCCCGCUGGGCCGGAGAAGUUACAGGCGAAAAUGCGGAACGGCACUUGUGCGUCAGCGAAGCACGAGACCAAAACCUGGAAAACGCGUGUGUUUUGAAGUGUUGUAAGCAUCCUAUGUCGAUUUCAAACAAAAGUCGAUUCUUCUCUCCUGUAUGCUGCCAAGUCUGAUGGGGGGGACGCGCGUUCGGGAGUAACAGAAACGUGGUCUCUGUGGUCGAAACGAAAUUACACUCCAUGAUAAACUGUCUCAUCGCUGACGCGUUGCCCGUUUAACGACAAAAGGGCUGCUGCUGUGCCUGCUCAUAUGGUUCUUGCUGCGACAUCUACGCAUAUUUACACUUUCUCUUCCGUUUUUUACAAGAAUGUGUCGCAUCCACUGCAUGCAGGACAGAAGCCGCAGUGUUUCACUUGGUCUCCCGAACUCUACGCUUUCGUGUCUACAGAGUGAACGGGCGCAGUCAAGAGACUGGAAACAACGCCCUCUGCAGCUGAAGUCAGUGUUCCUGUCUUAAGAAAAAAUGACGAUUG